AUGAAAGUUAUCUCAGCUCUGUUGCUCGUCGCGGUCUUUUGGAGCCAGGAGUGGAAGUCGGCGCUCUCCGAUUCAAUCAUCCACAUCGGUGCCAUCUUCGACGAGUCCGCACGGAAGGAUGAUGAGGUCUUCCGUCUCGCCGUGGCAGAUCUCAAUUUGAACAACGAGAUCUUGGAGACGGAGAAGAUCACCUUCUCCGUGGAGUUCGUUGAUGGGAACAACCCCUUCCAAGCUGUGCAAGAAGCCUGUGAGCUGAUGAACCGUGGUAUCCUGGCUCUGGUCAGUUCAAUUGGCUGCAUGUCUGCGAGCAGCCUUCAGACUCUGGCCGAUGCCAUGCACAUCCCCCACCUCCUUAUCCAGCGCUCCCCGGCGGGAUCACCUCGCUCCGUCUGCCCACAAACCAGUCGCAUCCCUGGAACAGAUGACUACACCCUAAUGGUCCGCCCACCCGUCUAUCUCAAUGAGGUCAUCAUGCAAGUGGUGUCUGAGUACAGCUGGCAGAAGUUCAUCCUCUUCUACGAUUCCGAUUUUGAUAUCCGUGGCAUUGAGGAUUUCCUCGACCGGACCUCUCAGCAGGGAAUGGACGUUUCGCUUCAGAAGGUGGAAUCUAACAUCAACAUGAUGAUCACAAGUCUGUUCAGAACAAUGCGCGUGGAGGAGCUGCACCGCUACAGGGAUACGCUGCGCAGAGCCGUGCUGUUCAUGAGCCCCGCGACGGCCAAGGCUUUUAUCACUGAGGUGGUGGAAACCAACCUGGUGGCCUUUGAUUGUCACUGGAUCCUGAUUAAUGAGGAGAUCACAGACUACGACUUGCAGGAGUUAGUCAUGAAGUCGAUCGGUCGGUUGACGUUGGUGCGCCAGACGUUCCCCAUGCCCCAGAACACAACUCAGCGCUGUGUCAAACACAACCACAGGAUUAACACUUCCCUGUGUGACCUUAAAAACGCCCGGGCUCAGCAGCUGGAGAUCAGCAACCGCUAUAUUUAUGAUAGUGUGUUGCUGCUGGCCAACACCUUCCACAGAAAGCUGGAGGACAGGAAGUGGCACAGCAUGGCCAGUCUGAGCUGCAUCAGGAAGAACUCCAAACCGUGGCAGGGAGGCAAGAGCAUGCUGGAUACUAUUAAAAAGUUCGGAGUGAGCGGCCUCACCAGCUUCCUGGAGUUCACUAACAACGGCACUAACCCCAACAUCUUCUUUGAAAUCCUGGGAACCAAUUAUGGAGAGGACAGGGGCCGCGGAGUCAGUCGGCUAGCAACGUGGGACCCAGUUCACGGCUUGAACGGCACGCUAACAGACAGGAAAUUGGAAAACAACAUGAGAGGAGUGGUGCUACGAGUCGCGACUGUCCUGGAGGAGCCGUUUGUAAUGGUGUCAGAGAAUGUCCUGGGAAAGCCGAAGAAGUACCAAGGCUUCUCCAUCGACGUCCUGGAUGCUCUCUCCAGCUACCUGGGCUUUAAAUACGAGAUCUACGUCGCUCCCGACCACAAAUACGGCAGCUUGCAGCCUGACGGUCAGUGGAACGGACUGAUGGGCGAAUUGGUCUUUAAGCGAGCCGAUGUGGGCCUUUCCGCCCUGACGAUCACGUCCGAGCGCGAGAGCGUGGUGGACUUCACCACACGCUACAUGGAUUAUUCUGUGGGCGUUCUGCUGCGCAAGGCCGAGCGCACCGUGGACAUGUUCGCCUGCCUGGCGCCCUUCGACCUGUCACUGUGGGCGUGCAUCGCGGGCACCGUGCUCCUCGUCGGCAUCCUGGUGUACUUGCUCAACUGGCUCAACCCGCCCCGGCUCCCCAUGGGCUCGGUGUCCUCGACCACGCUGUACAAUUCCAUGUGGUUCGUGUACGGCUCCUUUGUGCAACAAGGUGGAGAGGUACCCUACACCACUCUAGCUACAAGGAUGAUGAUGGGCGUCUGGUGGAUGUUUGCUCUUAUUGUCAUCUCCUCGUAUACCGCGAACCUGGCAGCCUUCCUCACCAUCUCGCGCAUAGAGAACUCCAUACAGUCACUCCAAGACUUAUCCAAGCAGACGGAUUUGCCUUACGGUACAGUGCUGGACUCUGCAGUGUACGACCAGGUGCGCUCCAAAUCCAUGAACCCCUUUGAGAGAGAUCCCAUGUACUCCCAGAUGUGGCGGAUGAUUAACCGCACCGGAGGAGAUACUAAUGUUGAGGAGUCCAAAGAAGGCAUCCGCAAGGUGAAGUACGGUCGAUUUGGCUUUGUGUGGGACGCAGCAGUGCUGGAGUACGUCGCCAACAACGAUGAGGACUGCUCGUUCUACACCGUCAGCAGCAACGCGCCGGACCGUGGAUACGGUAUCGCCAUGCAGCACGGCAGCCCCUACAGGGACAUCUUCUCCCAGAGAAUCCUGGAGCUCCAGCAGAACGGUGACAUGGACAUCCUGAAACUCAAGUGGUGGCCCAGGGACAGCCCCUGCGACCUCUACAGCUCGGUCCAGACACGGCAGCGUGGCAACGCCCUGGACAUCCACAGCUUUGCCGGCGUCUUCUGCGUGCUGGCAGCCGGCGUGGUGCUCUCCUGCCUCAUUGCUAUGGUGGAGAGCUGGUGGUCACGGAGGAAGGGAUCCAGGGUCCCCUCCAAGGAGGACGAUAAGGAGAUCGACCUGGAGCACCUACACCGCCGGGUUAACAGCUUGUGCACCGAGGAUGAAAGCCCCCACAAGCAGUUCUCCACCUCUUCCGUCGAUUUAACACCCCUUGACAUGGAUGCGCUGCCUGCCGCGCGCCAGGCACUCGAGCAGAUCAGCGAUUUCCGCAACACCCACAUAACCACCACCACCUUCAUCCCCGAGCAGAUCCAGACCCUCAGCCGCACCCUAUCUGCCAAAGCCGCUGCUGGAUUUUCUGCUGGUUUCGGUAGCGGCGGCGGGGGCGUCCUCCAGGACCAUCGGACUGGCGGGGUGGGCCCUUUCAGGCAGAGGGCCCCCAACGGUGGCUUCUUCCGCAGCCCCAUCAAAACAAUGUCUUCCAUCCCCUACCAGCCGACAGGUCCAGGACCCAACUUUGGAUAUGGCAAUGAUCCAGACAGGGGCACCUCUAUAUGA